UAAGACCCGGGGCAGUCUUUCGCGUGUCGAUCAGCCGAUGACAAAAGGGCACGUGUUUUCAGCGUAAUAAUAUGUUGCUGCGAGUAAUGUGGCUAUAAAUACCGUGUCUAAUGUUCCUAUUCCGAAAACGUGAGAAGCCGAGUCUAUUUUAACGGAUUGGAGCGAGUUCCGGAAUCGGCGGUACUCGUCUCGUUGACCCUACAAACGGUAGACGGUACAGACGCCGGCGGGCGAACCAUCGCCCUGGCGAAAGUCGAUCUGCGAUCUCGAUCACGCGAGCUCGCGUCUAUUUGCACCCAUUCGCACCAAGCGUCUCCGAGCGACGAACGUCUCCGUAGUCCGUAGUACCUACAAUUUUCUCCGCGCUGUCCUGCGCUAUCCUUUAACCUCUCGGCCCACGUGCACCUUUAAUCGCAAUGUCGAAUGUACGAACAUUGAUGUUACCAAUUUUGGCUGCGGUAGGAACGAUAGUUGUUAUAGGAGUAGCAUUUAAAAUAUAUAAAACUUGGAAUGAAAAGAAGAAAAAAUCUGCACCAAUAUUACUGGUUGAUCCAGUAGUUAAGUAUAGUCUACCUUUAAUUCAAAAAGACAUAAUAAGUCACGAUACAAGGAAAUUUAGAUUUGGAUUACCUACACCAAAUCAUGUCCUGGGUCUGCCAAUUGGUCAGCAUAUACAUUUAACAGCAAAAAUUGGAGAAGAGGUUGUAAUACGUUCAUAUACGCCUGUAUCAAGUGAUGAUAAUCGGGGCUACGUUGAUCUGGUUAUCAAGGUAUACUUCAAAAAUGUGCAUCCAAAAUUUCCUGAAGGAGGAAAAAUGUCUCAAUAUUUGGAAAAUAUGAACAUAGGGGAUACUAUUGACUUUAGAGGUCCCUCUGGUAGACUGGUUUACAAAGGACAAGGAAAAAUUACUAUAAAACUUCUUAGGAAGGAACCAGCCGUAGAAUAUAAUGUUAAAAAGAUGGUUAUGCUCGCUGGUGGUACGGGCAUCACGCCGAUGCUGCAACUAAUUCGUGCAAUAAUAAAAGAUCCUACGGACGAAACUCAAACCUCUUUGUUGUUCGCCAAUCAAACGGAAAAAGAUAUCUUAUUACAAAACGAAUUAGAUGAAAUCGCCAAGAAGUACCCGAAUAAACUGAAACUUUGGUAUACAUUAGAUUCAAGUAGCGAUAAAUGGCCUUACAGUACAGGAUAUAUAAGCGCCGAUAUGAUAGAAAAGCACAUGUUUUUACCGUCACCUGACACUAUCGUACUUAUGUGCGGGCCACCUCCAAUGAUCAAUUUCGCUUGUACUCCGAACCUUGAUAAACUUGGCUACGAUACUAAAUUACGGUUCGCGUAUUAAUCAAUUGAUUAUUAAAAUCGUAGACAGUUUGCAUUAUCUGGUGGAAAUUUAUAUACUUUUUUUUGAAGAAAGUAUUCUUGAGUCAAGUUAAAGAUUUGUUUUUUUGUUAAUUGAAUGUAUAAUCCGCUUUAAUGAAGUAUUUCAAAUAACGUGGUUAUGCUCCAAUUAGAAAGGUUCGUAUGUUGGAAGAUUUCCAUCAAAACUUAUCCAUAAAGACACCUGCAAUAGAGUAUUGAUGACUAUUAUAUAAGCAUACA